UGUUAGGGGGUGCUAGCAAGGAGUCCCAAGAUUAGCUGAAGAGACACUGGGGAAACAAAACUCCACUCCCGAACUGGAUUAAAAGAUUGAGAAUGAGAGUGCCUGAUACACAAAGCCUGUGAGACAGGGAGGAAGGGAGGAAGUGAGGGCAGAGUGCAAGAAGAGAAGGGGUUGAAAGAGCCUGGGAAGGGAUUAACAGGAGAAAGCUUUCUGUAGGGCCAGCUUUUCUAUUAGGAGCUGUUCUCUGCCCACAGUGCUGAAAGGGAUGGCAGUUCCAUAGGGACUGCAACUGGGUCGGGGAGAGGGAUUCCGAAGGAAGAUCCCGCUCCUACCUCUUCCUUCCAUGAACCAAGUCUCAGGGCUUGGAUCGAGAGCACUGGGAACAUGAUCUGCCUUUUCCUGCCCCCCGAAUCUUACCCCAGAUCAGGGUGAGCAGAUGUUGCGGUGGGACCAGAGCAACUCAGUCUGCCACUGAGACACUGAGCCUCCAGACACUGCACGAAAAGGCGGCGAGAUUGCUCCAGUGGGGAAUGGAUUAAAUUCCCACUCCAUUGUUUACCUUCCUUCCAAUCACGAUGCCUCCCCAUCCUUCACUCUGUUCCCUUCCCCCACUCCCCCUACAAUGAACCUCCUUGAAGUGGCAUCUCUCAGGAUUCGACUUCAACAACCUGGCUGACCGCGGCACAGAAACUGCAUCCCCCAAACCUGUAGAUGUAGAACGCGUGAAAGGGGGGAGUCUGGUUCUUUACACCUCCCUUUCCCCCUCCCCUUGAUUUCUCAUCCAACCCGGUUCAGGGAAAUGCAUAAUUUCCCCCAAUUGCCUGCACGGAUACAGAUGACAUUUGGGACUUUGUGAGUGCAAAACAAAAAGAUGGCUAAAAUCAACACUCAACACUCCUAUCCUACCACACAUAGGCUCUCAGUUAGGACGUCGAAUGAAGAACUAGAAAGAGUUGAAAAUGGCACCAGCAGGGCUCAUUCCCCAUGUGAGGACUCAUCAUCUGAGCUGCAGAGAGUGAUCACCAUGGAGACCAGAAACCUGUCUGAAUCCCAGCGAAGUUCCUUCACAAGCCAGGGACCAGCCAGGUUGUCACGACUCAUUAUUUCCCUUAGAGCAUGGGCUGCAAGACAUAUGCAUCAUCAAGACCAAAGACCAGAUUCCUUUCUGGAGCGUUUCCGAGGGGCAGAACUCAAAGAGUUAUCUAGCCGAGAAAGCUAUGCUCAGUCCAACGUGGGCAUCCAAGAGAUGUCGGACAGAGAGAGAAGAGGCUGGCCGCUGGCCAGACAUAAUAUCAACACCUGCAACAAUACCAACGAAGACAAAAAGGAGGAAAAGGAGGAGAAAAAGAAGGAAAAGGAAGAAGACAAAAAGGAUAAUCCCUCAAAGGAAGUGGAAAAGAAGAAAGAAAUCUUUGUGAUAGAUCCUUCUAGCAACCUCUACUAUAGAUGGUUGACCAUCAUUGCUGUGCCAGUCUUCUAUAAUUGGUGCAUGCUUGUGUGCAGAUCCUGUUUUGAUGAACUUCAAAGUGACCACCUGAUGCUGUGGCUGGUCUUGGAUUAUACUGCUGACACCAUCUAUAUUUUGGAUCUCUUAGUACGAAUGAGGACAGGUUUUCUUGAGCAAGGCUUAAUGGUCAAAGAUACAGAGAAACUAAAAAAGCACUACAUGAAGAUGAUUCAGUUCAAGUUGGACGUACUAUCUCUGGUUCCCACUGACCUGGCUUAUUUAAAAAUGGGGCUGAACUACCCAGAGUUGAGGUUCAACCGUCUGUUGAAAUUUGCCAGGCUAUUUGAAUUUUUUGACCGCACAGAGACUAGGACCAACUAUCCUAAUAUGUUCAGGAUUGGAAAUCUUGUCCUAUAUAUUCUGAUCAUCAUCCAUUGGAACGCAUGUAUCUAUUUUGCCAUUUCCAAGGUUAUUGGAUUUGGGACUGAUUCUUGGGUUUACCCAAACAUUUCUAUCCCAGAAUAUGGGCGUCUGUCCAGAAAAUAUAUUUACUGUCUCUACUGGUCCACCCUGACCUUGACCACCAUUGGGGAGACUCCACCCCCAGUAAAAGAUGAAGAGUACCUUUUUGUGGUGGUUGACUUCCUAGUGGGAGUACUGAUCUUUGCCACCAUUGUGGGUAAUGUGGGCUCCAUGAUCUCUAACAUGAAUGCCUCUAGAGCUGAGUUCCAGGCCAAGAUUGACUCCAUCAAGCAGUAUAUGCAAUUCCGAAAAGUGACCAAAGACUUGGAGACCCGGAUCAUCAGAUGGUUUGACUACCUAUGGACCAACAAGAAAACAGUUGAUGAAAAGGAAGUACUCAAAAGCCUGCCAGACAAGCUGAAGGCUGAGAUUGCCAUCAACGUGCACCUGGAUACCUUGAAGAAGGUCCGGAUUUUCCAAGAUUGUGAGGCAGGACUCCUAGUGGAACUAGUCCUAAAGCUUAGGCCUGCAGUGUUCAGCCCUGGUGAUUAUAUCUGCAAGAAGGGGGAUAUUGGGAGAGAAAUGUACAUCAUCAAGGAAGGGAAGCUGGCAGUAGUGGCUGAUGAUGGUGUCACCCAAUUUGUGGUCCUUGGUGAUGGAAGCUACUUUGGGGAAAUUAGCAUCUUAAAUAUCAAAGGGAGUAAAUCUGGGAACAGAAGGACGGCCAACAUCAGGAGCAUUGGUUACUCUGAUCUAUUCUGCUUGUCCAAAGAUGACUUAAUGGAGUCUCUCACUGAAUAUCCGGAUGCCAAAAGGGCCCUGGAAGAGAAAGGACGGCAGAUUCUAAUGAAGGACAAUUUGAUAGAUGAAGACCUGGCUAGGAGUGGAUCAGACCCCAAGGACAUGGAAGAAAAGGUGGAGAGACUUGAGUCUUCCCUGGAUAAUUUACAGACCAGGUUUGCUAGGCUCCUGGCAGAAUAUAAUGCCACUCAAAUGAAAGUCAAGCAGAGACUCAGCAAACUUGAGGGCAAAGUGAAGAAGUAUGGGGGUGACUUCUUAUCAGAUGGUGAGAGUAUUGUUAAUGGAGAUGCUGAAAAAGCUGAGGGCAAAGAGCAAUAAGGACAUAUAUCAAUGGGUCUCAUUUUGCUUAGGAGGUUAUAAUAAGGGUAAUACCAUACUCAUAUAUGUAUCCAAAUACAUAUACAUAUAUAUGAGCACACACACAAUUAUUUUUAUACCCAGUUCAAGAACUCUUUAGACUUUUUAAAGGAACUUAUAGGGGGAGAAAAAAACAUAUAGGGAAGUGGUAGCCAAAGAAGGUUUUAGUUGGAGAAGUCAUAGGGAUGGUGAGUGAUCUCCUCUUUGGAGAUCUUAAGGAAAAAGGUACAUGAUUACUGGUUAGUUAUAGUUAUAGUAAGGACUUAUCUCAUGAACAGAUUUCUCUAGAUACAGGGUUUCUUGACUUCUUUUGGGACGUGGACACUUUUGGCAGUCUGGUGGAGCCUUUGAACCCUUUGUCUGAUUAAUGUUUCAGAUGUACCAAAUAAGAAAUAUAGAAUUACAGAGGAAACCAAAUAUUUGAAAUACAACUAUCAAAAACUUGAAAAAACAUAUAUAUAUAUAUAUAUAUAUAUAUAUAUAUAUAUAUAUAUAUAUAUAUAUAUAGGUUCAUGGAUCCAAUUAUAUAGGUUCAUGGAUCCAAACCAUUGGCUGCUGAUGUUCCUUAUAGGAUGACUCUGUAACUUCAAUAAAGUUAUGACUUCUUAUAAACAGAA